ACUGCCUCAGACAGUCUCAGCCUGCUGCGCAGCUGCCCUACACGCGUCCCGGAAGCAAUUGGUUUCUUGCCCGGGAGAUCUACGUGCACCUUGGCCGAAUCUUGGACGUAUAACAACACCCGUGGCAUAUCGGGCGACUUGAAGCAACACUUACAAGAUGAGCAACUCGAACGCUCUCAGUCUCGUGGCAGCCGCCAAAUCGGCGGUCGCGGUUCUUUGGCCCGCAGGGCACACCCCAUGGCAGAACCUGACGAACGCCAUCGUCGUCUACUACGUCGUUUCGCGCACGCUCAAAGCCCAUCGCCAUCUACGCGCCAGGGGUAUCGUGCAGACGGCACAUGACUUCUACCAAUGGGUUCUCCAGGAAACGAUAUUGCUCGCUCUCCGCCUGCCUUCGGCGCGCAAGAAGGUUGAGACAGAGCUCGGGAAGACGCGCUUGGACAUUGAGAAGAGGAUGGUUCCUCAAGGCCCCGGCGUGACGCGCCACCUGUCCCUUCCGGCACAAGGGCACGACCAAAAUUGGAUCCUAGAGGAGAUGGCAAAGAUGGACGAGGAGAGUGGCAACCAUGUCAACUGGAGGGAUGGCAAGGUUUCCGGAGCCAUCUAUCAUGGUGGGGAGGAUAUGCAAAGAGUCAUCGUCGCUGCUUUCGAGAGAUAUUGCGUAUCAAACCCCUUGCAUCCGGACGUCUUUCCGGCCGUCCGCAAGAUGGAGGCGGAGAUCGUCGCAAUGUGUCUCAAGAUGUACAACAAUCCUACUGGCGCCGGCGUAACAACAUCCGGCGGUACCGAGUCUAUCAUCAUGGCUGUGAAGACAUACCGCGAUUGGGCCAGGGCGACGAAGGGCAUCACGGAUCCCGAGAUAGUCAUUCCUAUAUCAGCGCACGCUGCAUUCGACAAAGGGGCUGCCUACCUUGGCGUCAAGGUACACACUAUUCCAGUCCACCCAGAGACUCGCCAGGUCGACAUAAGGGGUGUCCGGCGGGCAAUCAACCCGAAUACUAUCCUACUUGUCGGUUCCGCAAUCAACUUCCCUGACGGUAACCAGGAUGACAUCGUUGCCUUGGGCAAGCUCGCAUCCAAACACAAGAUCGGCCUGCACGUUGAUUGCUGUCUGGGUAGCUUUAUCAUGCCCUUCCUUGAAGAGGCCGGGUUCCCUGUCCAGCCCUUUGACUUUAGGGUUCAAGGAGUCACCAGCAUAAGUUGCGACACUCACAAGUACGGCUUCGCGCCCAAGGGCAACUCAGUUGUCAUGUACAAGGACGCGCAACUGCGCCGCUUCCAGUACUACAUCAAUCCGCACUGGGUCGGCGGUGUCUACGCUAGCCCCAGCAUUGCCGGUUCCCGCCCGGGCGCUCUUAUCGCGGGCACCUGGGCCGCGAUGCAGUACAUGGGCCACAACGGCUACCUCGAGUCCUGCAAGUCGAUCGUGACCGCGGCGAAGACGAUCGCGCACCGCAUCCGCACCGAGAUCCCGGAGCUGCGCGUGCUCGGCAACCCGCCCGCGUCCGUCGUCGCGUUCGCGGCCGCGCAUAAAGAGCCGGGUCUGAACGUGCUCGAGGUCGGGGACAAGAUGAGCAAGCGCGGCUGGCACCUUAACGGGAUCUCGAACCCCGCCGCGGUGCAUAUUGCCGUUACGCGAUUGACGGUGCCGGUGGUGGACCAGCUCAUCGCCGACCUGAAGGACGCGGUGGGCGAGGCCAAGCUCUCGCCGUCUGGCCAGGGGACCAUGGUCAUGCUUUACGGACUCGGCAAGUCGAGCCCCGUCGGGUCGGCGCUGGUCGGACGCGUUGCGGAGGCCUUCUUGGAUACGCUGUACAAGGCGUAGGGCCUUCCUGCCUGGUACGCUCUGAUAUGCUAGACGUCCGCUGUGUAUGUAUCAUAGUGUCGUUAUCUUGCUAUGCGAUAUAACCCAGCCUGCCUCACUCCUCUCACUCUCAGGCCUGCGUUGGGGGAUGCCUUUACCUCCAUCUGCGUGACGCCUGCAUGGAAGCCUUCAUGGUGCAGCUUCGUGCCUAGAAGUUGUCAUCUGCUAAUUGUACUUGGGACAAUCCAUAUACCCAUACCCG